AUUACUUCCCUUCGUCUCACGCACUCCCUCCCCCCUCCACCCUAUCUACGCUCUAGAUUACAAUAUCAUAAUGCAGAUCUUCGCCGCCAUCGCUGUCUUCGCCGUCGCUGCUCUUGCCGCCGACUCCUCCGCCUCCACUAAGGCUUCCGCUGAGGCUUCCGCUGAGGCUUCUGUUGAGGCCUCUGUUGAGGCCUCUGUUGAGGCUUCGGAGGCCGCUUCGGAGGCUGCCUCGGAGGCUGCCUCGGCCGGCUCUGUCUCGUCUGAGCUUGGUGAGCUCGAUGAUACUGAGUCGGCCUCCGGCUCCCACUCGGGCUCUCACCACUCUUCCAAGGGUGCUUCCAAGUCCGCCUCGAACGAGAAGUCCACCUCGGGCUCCUCGAACGGUGCCGCCAAGGUUGCCGGCUCUCUGGCCGCUGUUGCCGUUGCCGCCGCUGCUUUCUUCUAAGCUUUACCUGUGCGCAUUUUAGAUUUAUUCUACUAGAUGUCCUGGUAUCUCUUUCGCCUCCCCGUUCUAUAAUUACCAAU